AUGCCUCUUCCCGCCACCACGCCAGGAGACAUGGAGAACGAAAACAUUUGCCCAAAACACGGACAGCAUCCAUCGCACGACAGCGAGACGCAUUGCACGCGAGAGGGAGGAGACAGUGAGCCAGGUGGAUCCGGCGGGGCCCAGCUUGAAUCAUGCCAAGGGCAAAGCCUGCCGCUCUGGCGGCCGCUAACAAAGACCUUCCUCAAACCAGACUGGGAAGCUCGCGACGUCAAAGGAAGAAUUGUGUACAUCAACCACACCACAAGGACCACGCAAUGGAGCAAGCCCAAGUUUUCGAGCAAGAAGGGAGUGGCCACGGCGGAGCCGGUGGCCAGUGCGCCCAGCAAGAGUGCGCCCAGCAAGAGUGCGUCCGGCAGGGCUAACGGGGGCGCCGCCGCCGGUCCCGCUGGCGGGGGCAGCAAAGCAGCAGGGCCCGUGACGGCAACACCAACCCGCCUGAGGGGAGCGAACUUUAACAACAGCGUUCCCGGGAGCAACUUACCGGCCCCCGCCGGCGUCGCGUCCCGCGCGGUCACCACGGUAUCAUCGCCGUUGCCCGCAGGUUGGGAGAGCAAGAUUAUCGAUGGGAGGGUGGUGUACAUCGAUCACGCUAACCAGAGAACCUCCUUCGAGCGACCCCGCGGGCAGGCCGGAGGGUUGCCCCAGAAGCCAAGGCCUCUUAGCGCGAGACGCCAGAUGGGCGUUGGGGUUGAUGGCGAGCUGGUGCCACACUCCAACGGCGCUGAGACAAACCUGGGUUCUUCCCGGGGGAGUCAUCGGAGCGGACACCUGGCAGACCCUAUCUACGCCUCAAACGCGAGUUCUGCCGUCGGAGACUCGCCGCUUCCGCCGGGCUGGGGGAGGAGCGUCACCCCUAACGGGGAGCUUUACUACGUUAACCACGUGUCGAAGACUACCACAUGGUCGAGGCCACAGUGGACGGCCGGCUCGGAUGGCGACGAGGAAUCGGUUCAUGGGGACGGGGCGAGAAAUCCAGAAAGCCUCGCGAGCAUCAAGAGCGGAAAGAGCACAAGGAGCAGGCGAGGCGAAAUGCUGGGAAAGUUCGCCGAGUCUGCGGAGCCUCCCCUGCCCCCAGGGUGGGAGGAGCGCAUGUCCGCAGAGGGGAAGGUGUUCUACAUGAACCACAACGACAAGACUACCCACUGGACUCGGCCAGACCCGCCGCCGGUGCAGCCGGACGACUCUCCUGACGAUGACGUCCCGCCUGUGGAGAGGGAAGACGUGCAAAUGGCUACCGGGAGUACCGCCAAUGUCGGGGCCGCCGCUGCUACUGUGGUACUAGAGGAGGUGGCGGACUCGUCUCCGGGGCGUGGCGGCUUCGGCGGCGGCGUGGUCACCAACCCCAGGCGGGCCCCUUCGGCUACCGUCGUCGCCGCUGUCGCCGCCGCUGCUGAUGAUGAGGAGGAGGAGGAGGCGUCCCGCUCGGUCGAUGCUCCUUCCCCUACAGCGGCGGCGGCAGCAGCGAGGAAGGAAGAGCCGGGGGCGUCGUCCUCGGGGAAAGCGGCGGAACCGAUCGCAGACGAUGACGACGAUGCCGCGAGAGAGGGAGAAGGAGGAGAAGGGGCGGGGGCGGGGGCGGUGUCUUCCAUCGUCAGGUCCGGUCUGUUCGGAGCCACCGUCGUGAGGCCGGGCGGCGGCGGCGGCGGCGGCAGCAGCGGCGACAACAGCUCGAAGACGCCCGCGCUGAAUAGGAGCGGCAGCUCCGUCGUGCCUCUGUACGCCAGCAAGGCCGGUGGCGUCGCGGGGGCCGCCGCCGCCGCUGCUGCUGCUGCGGAGAAGUCCAAGCCGGAGCUGGAGAAGCCGGAGGUUGAUUCGCUCCCGGAAGGGUGGAUUGAGCUCAAAUCGGCGACGGGCAAGACGUACUACCAAAACAGCAUCUCCAAGACUACCCAAUGGAACCGACCGGAACCGACCAAGGCCGUUGCUGCGCUGAAAACGGCCACCUACAACUCCACGUCUUCUCCUGCCGUAGAAGGAGCAGCAGCUGAAGCAGGGUGGGAGAAGGUCAUGACCGCAGACGGACGACCGUACUUCCAGAACACCAUCACAAAGACAACCUCCUGGCAGCUGCCAGAGGGCUGGGUGGAGCCAGGAGCAGCGGCUGCAUCGACGGAGGCUGAGACAACGGUGGCCGGCCACGGGAGCUUCUUCAAGAGCGGCGGAGGAGGUUCCGCCGCCACGGUUAAGGAGCUGGGGGUGGAGGCCCCAGCGGAGACAGACGCUGUGGCCGUUGCGCCUACUCCCAUCGGGCGUCUAGGUGGGCCGGCUGCGUCGUCCACGAGAUCGACUCCUGUACCAAAGGCAGAGGCGCAAGAGGCGCCGCUACCCCCAGGUUGGGAGAAGCUCUACACGGAAGAAGGCGUGCCCUUCUGGACGAACCACAACGAGCGGACGACCAGCUGGGACCCCCCCGUGCCGGCACCGGCGCCGGCGGCCACCCCAACCGUGGUCAGCGUCGUGUCCGAGGUGAAGGGGAUGCGGCAGGAGUCCCUCGGAGCGGAGUCGGAGUUGUUCGAGAGCGUGGACGGCGGCGGUGCCGCGGAGGCCACGGAGGCCGCGGAGGCCGCGGCGACAGGCGUCCCGGUGGAGGGCACGCAGCAGGUGUCGCGGAACCUGGGGGCUGACGGAAGGCCGCUCCCUGAAGGGUGGGAAAUGCAAACGACCGACCAGGGGAUACCCUACUACGUGGACCACUUGAACAAGCGGACGUCGUGGGAUCCGCCGAUGAUGUCCUCCGGGGGGAUGAGCGUCAUCGCGUCGGAGCUGCCCGACAUCCCCCCGGCGGAGUUGGUUCCGGACUCUGCAGACCUUUACAUGGGGGCGGACCUCCUGAACAGGUUCUUCGGAUCGUGGAUGGGAGAUGCUCAGGGGAAGUCUCCGCUCGAAGCGGCGCGGAACGUGAUCGUCACGUACCUCACCGGACCCGGCCUCAAGGUGACGAAAGGCCGCAACGCGCCCAACCUCCAGCGCUUCCUCUACCUGAGCCCCACCAACAAGCAGGUGGUGUGGGCCACGAAGGCGACGUCUAAGGGCAAGCUUAGCAAGAAGGGUCUCACGCUGGACGGCAUCACUGAGCUGCACAGCGAGGAUGACGGGAUUCGGGUGGAGGCGAGGGGAGAGUCGUCGCCCCUUAUCCUUAAGAGCGCGGCCGUGGACACGCUAACCUCGGAGGGUGCCACGAUUCUGCUGGGAGUGCUGCUGGCGGACAUGACGGGCACCAUGCUCAGGCUCCAGGGGGUCAGCGGGGGGGACGGCAGCUGCUACUACCCAGCAUCAUUCGUCGAGGACGUGCUAGCGGUGCGGCGAGCCCGGAUGGAAAAGAACGCUGCCCUCGCAGCUGCUGCAACUACACCGCGCCAGGAAGAACGCUCAACAAGCAGCCAAGGGCAGCAGUCGGUGGCUUUGGCGGAAGCCAAGGACCAGGCCGGUUUCCCCCAACGCCACCGGCUGCUGCCCUUGGCUGCUCGUGGAGCGUUUUUCCUGCUGCCAGGGAGCAACAGCGCGGCCAGCCUCACCUACUCGGACUCCGGCGAGAGCGACGACGAGAAGGACGCUGGGCGUGCGGCCACCGCCGCCGCCGCCGCCGCCGCCACCGCCGUCGACGGUGGGCGGGCCCCGCCCCCCCGGUCGUCGUCGUCUUCCGGCUUUGUGGAGCCGUCUAGGGCUGCUAGCUCGUACACCGGUAAGCCGGAGAUAGCCACAUCCAUUGCCAUGUCCGCCGAGGACGAGGAUGCGGACUGCCCGCUCCCAAAGGAAGAAGCGGUGCCGGCGGUGGCGAAGGAGGACGAGGGUGCGGUGGCCGCCGCCGCCGCCGCCUCCGCCUCCGCUGCCGCUGCCGCUGCCGCUGCCGCGAGCGCGGCCUUAGCUGCGGAGACGAGGGCAGAUGCCGGGGUGCCCGAGACUGCUGCCGUUGUUGAGACCGAGGAGGCUAGUCAGCCGGUCGUGAACAAGCCUGCUGCGGCAGUGGCGGAGGAGCCUGCGGCAGAGGAGGAGGAAGAGGAGGACGAGGAGACGAGAGAGUACAGGAGUGUGCUGACGGAGAUGCUGCGGCCCGUCAAGAUGGAGAAGUAUGUGGAGAGCUUCCUCGGGUCCGGGAUCACCCUGGACAUCCUCCCCCUGGUGGAGCGGGGGGACCUGCAGACAGAGGUGGGAAUUGCGGGAGCCGUUCCUCAGCUGAAGAUCAUGAAGGCGAUCAAGACAAGGUUUCCUGACGGUAUCUGAGGCGCGAAAGCUACCGUUGUUGUUGUUGUUUGUUUGUUUGUUUGAGAUAGGGAACCCUUUGUGACUGGUGUGCCGUAAUCAAGGAGCCGACCGGGGGUCGGUCUACCCAACCUGUUCGGGAUUACGGCGGUUAGGUAGGGGAAAAAUCGGCACACACGGGGAGCAUCCGGAUUAGGUUAGGCGGGUGGCGAGGGCAAAGGAAGAGGGGGGUAGAGGAGGGUUAGUGUUGUCGUAGCCCCGGCUGCAAACCGAGUCCACACAACGGUAGUAUCAGUAUGAUUUAGGAUGACAACCAAGAAAAGAAGUAGUUCAUUUUUGGCUUGGCCUUGCGGGAGAACCCUGCAUGGUAGAAUCAGUUUUUAUGGCCCGAAGCACGGCGACGAGACGACUUCAACAACCGGGGGUAGCUGGUAAGCACGGCAGCUGGCGAGAGCGGAGGGGACUGACGCCAAGGCCGAUGUCGCUCGCAAGGUGAUGGCUGCCGCCUAGCUAUUGUAGGGGUAAAUCUUGCGAAACCAGCAGCAGCACCAGGGCUGCUAGGGUGGUUCCGGUAGCAUCCGCUGCGCCUUCCCGUGCGUUUGGAUGAGAAGAGGAGAGGCGAGGAGCUUGAAAGGAUAAACUUGGUCAUAUAUUUCCUUGGCGAUGGUCGAUAAGAAGUUGGUAGGGCAGGGAGUCGACGAAGAAGGUGGCUAUGGCUUGGACCUGUCGUUUUUCGCAGCGUCGUUCUUGUGCCAAAAGGAAAAAAACGUACAAUGUUUUUUUUUGUCAAUGUUUUGUUUUUGCAAUAUAAAGAGGUGGGUACGUCCGGCAGCCGGGAGCGGGAUGGAAUCGCGCGUGGUGGCGAGACACCUACUGGUGCCUUCUUUCGUGUGUCCGGGCGAAGUUUGAUGUACAUUUUCUUUGUUUCUUUA